AUGCAUGUAAGAGAUAUUGCAAAUUUCGUCCAUCAUAAGGUUCAGUCACCACCUAUCUUAAAUGCACAUUCAUUUGGAGUACUUAUCAUUCAGUAUUAUAUCUCCUCUUUGGGAAGCAACAACCAUGAAGGUACACAAAAUACAAAUCCAAAGCUUAGAGGAGCUAUCCUUGUCUGCUAUGUGCCUCCUUCUAGUAACAGUGGUCUUGUCUGGCGAUAUCUCUUUACCAAGCCAAUUGCUGCCUUCAAGGUGACAUGCAGCUUGGCAGUAAAAGCUUUUCAAACCUCUCUUCCUCUUUGUAGAGGGACAUUUUUCUCAGCCACAAUGGAGGAUCAUAUUGUUAAAAGAUAUCAGGAGCUAAUGAAAGAAAGUUCGAGAUUGCCAUUCUUUGAUUUAAGAAAGCUGAAUGCAUCACUUCCGGUUCCUUCGGUGCCAAACUGCCCUGUCGAUGUUCUGGUUUUGGGUGCAAAAAAUGACUUCAUUGUGGAUGCCGAAGGACUAAAUGAGACGGAAAAAUUUUACAUGGAUUGAUGGUUUG